CGUAUAAAAAAAGGAGGCAGCUUAGUUAGAAGACUCACGCGCAGGAAACAUCAUUCGAUCGCACGAACCGCGCACGUCGAACGGCCAAUCGGGACGCGCUUCUUUUUUUAAAUUUCCACGAUGCAUUCAAAGUGAAAAAAGAAAAUGUGUUUGCAAAUUUAUAACAAAAAUGUUGCAAGUGAGGAUUUGACUGUGAUCUGUGGUUUUUAUUUAUGACGAACGCAAUUAAAUAUUGUGAUAAUAUAAUUUUAAUUAAAAUAAGGUAACUUGAGAAACUAGUCAAGAUGAUGUCCAAAAAGCAAUUCGCCUGUAUGCUGGCGUUACAUAUAGUAUAUUUGCUGGUUGGGGCAAGCAUUUUCUAUCAUAUUGAGAGUCCUUUGGAGUUGGAGCAAAGGGCCGAGGAAAAACUGGAAAGACUUGAAAUUCAAAAUCUCUUGUACGAGAACUACAUUCCCAAUGACCCGGAGAAGCAGGACAGCAUCCUGCGCAAGCUUUCGGACUACUGCGGCAAAUCCAUGUUCAACUACACCACGGAAGAUGCCGAGCCGCCUUACAAGUGGGACUUCUACCACUCUUUCUUCUUCUCUUACACCGUAGUCAGUACUAUUGGCUACGGCAAUCUGGCGCCUACGACACAUCUCUCCAGAAUCCUGAUGAUAUUCUACGGACUGUUCGGUAUUCCUAUCAACGGUAUUCUCCUCGCCAACCUCGGAGAGUACUUCGGUCUGCAGCUCAUCUCCGUCUAUCGUAAGUACAAGAAGCGCAACAUGCGCAGAGCUGACAACAUGAGCUACUGCUUCACCAACCUGGGCAUGCUGGGGCAGAUCUUCCUCUACCUCGUCCCCGGGUUCUUGUUCUUCAUCUUCUUACCCGCCUGCUUCUUCGUCGUGUUUGAAGAGUGGGACUACGUCGCUUCUAUUUACUACGCUUUUGUCACACUGACGACAAUUGGUUUUGGAGAUUUGGUUGCAGGAACCGUAAAUAAUGGUUUCAAAUACGGCUACUUCUUCGCAUACCAAAUCUUCCUCAUCGUCUGGAUCACCUUCGGUCUUGGCUACAUCGUCAUGUUGUUAGGCUUCAUCACCAGCGGCAUGAGAUCAGAAAGCGUCCACAGGAUUGAACAGAAGUUUGCUACUCAAUUCAAAUCCACGCAAAAUAAGAUCCUUCAAGGAUUUACCAGAGAUAUUGCUGUGAUCAGAAAGAUUAUAAAUGAAGCUAAUCUUAUUAAGUUGAAGCCAAUCUACGUGGAAACAGCGCCAUAUAUGUAUAGAAGUGCAAGUUGUCCGAACUUUACAUUUGAUGUAGAACCAAGGGGGCCAGCCUUCAAACGAAAACGAGCUAACUCAGAAAAUAUCCAACUAUCUGCAAGAGAUAUGUUACGAAUACAAUCCGAUACCGAUCUACUAGGAAUAGAUAAAGAAAAGACUUUUACAGCUUCUGCUAUUGUCAAACCAGCGGAGUUGCUAGCUAGAGUAGUAAAUGUUUUAGGUGGUUUCGAAGCACAACCUCAACAGAAUAACGGUGUACAUAUGUUUGACGAUGAACAAAUUUUAGCAAGUGAAAAGCCUCCUCUAUUUACUAUAGGCCAAGACAUAAUUACUAACUCACCCAAGAGAAUAAGAGCGCUUAGCGUAGCAGUUCCAAACUAUAGAAAAGAAUCAGUAACUAAAUUCGAUCAUGAUUACACAUGGACCAAUGGUGAUUCAGCUGAAAAAUUCAGACAAGAAGCAAACAGAAGGAGUGGUAAAAUGUCACUACCUACAAGUGCUACCCCAACAGUUGCUCCUAUUGCAAUAGAAGAACCCCAGCCCAAGAAUUUACUGUCAAGACUUUUUAGAAGAAAGAGUUCCACAGAAAGUCCCGCUGAAUAUUUAAAGAAUACGAUGCGAGGACGAGGUACUAUAGCACAAGCAACGAAUGAACAUGUUAAAGAACCAUCUAGGCCACGACGUGGGAGUAUUUUUCCGAGCUUUAAUCUCGGAGGUCAUGAGAAUAAUGAAGCGGAGGCUUAUAAGGAAAAGACAAAACGAGGAAGACAUAGCAUAUUUCCAACCUUCGAUUUCAAUUUUGAUGAAGAGGAAGAUGAUAAUAUGGCUAAAGCUUACCAAGAGAAGACAAAGAAAGGCCGUCGCAGUAUUUUCCCGACGUUUGAUUUCUCUGAAGAUGAAGAUGCUGCAGCGGUCAAAGCAUAUCAACAGAAAACUAAGCGUCACAGUAUAUUUCCUACGUUUGAUUUUAGUGAGGAUGAUAAUGAAAAGGCUGCAAAAGCAUACAGAGAAAAAACCAGGUCCGGAAGACAUAGUAUCUUUCCCACAUUUGACUUCAGUGAACCCGAAGAAGACACAGCUCGCCGAUAUAAAGAAAAAACUAAAAGAGGUAGACAUAGCAUCUUCCCAACGUUUGAUUUUAGCGACCAUACAGAUGACGAUGAUGAUGAUAAAAUAGACGAAGAAGAAUUGCAAAGAUAUCAAAAUCGAACCAAAAAAGGUCGAUUAAGUCUAUUUCCAACAUUUGGAAAAUCUAAGAAACACGAUGAAGAACCGAUGCCUGAAAGUUCUGAUGAACUAGUUGACUAUAAAAAUAAAACUCGCCAUGGUCGUGGCAGUCUUUUCCCUUCAUUUGGAAAAGAUCGUAAGAUUAGUUCACCAGAUGAAGGUGCGGGAACAAGUGAUUUAGAGGCUAGUAUUAGAGAAUAUCAGAAACGGACUAAAAAGGGUCGCAAUAGUUUAUUUGCAGGAGAUCUAGACAGAUAUAAAGACUCCACUCAAGGAGGAAGAGGAAGUGGAUUUGACAAAGAUCUUGAGAAUUACAAAAACAGGACAAAACGAGGAAGAGGUAGUUUGUUUGAUCCUGAUGUUAAUAUAUCAAAAAUGUCAGAGUCAGAACAAGUUGAAGCUUUAGAACACACUAGUGUAGCAGAUUUGCUUAGAGCACUUGCUGUUUUGGAAACCGCACAGGGUCCAAGUUCAGCGACUCCUGCGAGUUUAUUGAAUUUAAUUUCUGAACAAUCUAUUCCUCAAACAAAAAGAAGAGGUUCUAUCCGACCCGAUUUUACUAUUCCAUCUUUACCUACACGGCUAGCUCAAGAAGCUAAUCCUGGUACUGUGGUUCAGGAGACUGAAGACACAGCUGGUCCAAGACGCAGAAGAAUAUCAGCAAGAGCUACUGCGCCCCAUUUCACUCCAACAUUAGCAACAGUUGUUGCCGGAGCAGAGCUCCAACUAACAGCCGCAGCAGCUAGAGAAAAUAGAAUGUCGAUGUUGGCACAUCCGCCGCCUCCUUAUGCUGAAACAGUUAAUGUUAACGAAGAAGGACUACAGAAACCAAGAGUUAGAAGAUAUUCUCCUGCACCACAGGACCCUGGGAAAUCCAGUGGUCCAGUCCCAAGGCUAUUUUCACGUAGAAAAGAAAGUGGAAGUACAGAAGAUGACAGUGGUCGAAGAGGUAGCCUAACAGACGUAGUUAUUGACAAUAAUAAAGACAACACGUAACCCAGUGCCUUAUAGUACAAUUUAGUCAAUAAGUAUUUAAUUCCUAGUUUAUAAUGCGAUCGAUUACAAGCCGUCCAAAUGA